AACUCACAACUCCAGUCUCCAGUUCAGUUCUAAGCUUGGAGUACUGUGUGUGUGUGUGUGUGUGUGUGUGUGUGUGUGUGUGUGUGUGUGUGUGUGUGUGUGUGUCUGUGCAGGGUUUCUUUGCAUGUUUUCACUACAUGUGUGCAAGUUUUUGGUUUCCUCCCACUGUCCAAAAACAUGCCAGGAAGUACAUUAGGUGUACUAAACUGCCCAUAAGUGUGACUGAGUACAUGAUUGUGUAUGCAUGGUGUCCUGCGAUGAACUCCCAUCUUCCUCCCAGUACUCGUGGGAUAGGCUUCAUAUCAGUAGGUUCAGUGCAUUCCAGAAACAUCUGUCAAACUGCAUGCUUCAGUGAUGUUCAGUUCUGUUCCAGUAGGUUCAGUGCAUUCCAGGAACAUCUGUCAAACGAACGAAAGACCUACAAUCGGAAGCAGCAGAUCGCCAGGAUGGAGAACUGGGGCAUCAGGAUGCCACCAACGUUCGUGGAGUACUUCGCUAUGCUACGCCAACAGGCGGAGGAUCAACAAGCUGUGCUACGCAAGCAGCAGGUCGCCAGGAAUUACCCGGGCUUCAACUUACCUAUGCCACGCCACGCCAACAGGAGCAGGAGUCCGGGUAAUAGUGGGAGUCUGUGGUCGGGGCUAGUACCAUCUCCCACCCUCCCUCCCCCAGAAUAGAUCUAGCUCAGCAAACAGAGUUAGCAGAGAAUGAAUGUCAGCCUCCCUGCUCAUCUGAGGAUGCCACUCAGCUUUCCGGGUCAGCUGAGGACGUCGCUCUGCGUUCCUGCCCCACCGAGGAAGUCUCUCCGCUUUCCUGCACCGCUGAGUACGGCGCCCUGUUUGCCUGCUCCGCUGAGGACGUCGCUCUGCCUUCCUGCUUGGCUGAGGAGGUUGCUCUGCCUAUCUGCUCGACUAAGGACCUCGCUCUGCUUUCCUGCUCGGCUGAGGUCGUCUCUCUGCCAUCCUGCUCGGCUGAGGUCGUCUCUCUGCCAUCCUGCUUCGUGGAGGACACCGCUCUGCCUCCAUGUUCUUUGCUGCGCGCAGUAUAUCACUCCCCCUUCCUGCUCCACGGAGGACAUCGUUCCCCCCUCAUGCUCCGCGGAGAGCAUCGUUCCACCCUCUGGCCUCACGGAGAACCUCGCUCCCCUCUAUGGCCUCGCGGAAGUCUUUGAGCUUCCCUCGGGCCUUGCGGAGAACAUCGAUCCCCUCUCCUGUCCUGUGGAGGAAGUUGUCCCGCUGUCCUGCCAUGCAGACGUCGCUCUGAGCUCCAGGCCCACUGAGGACGGCACUCUGAACUCCAGCCCCGCUAGGGACGUUGCGCUUUUUUUUUUUUGCUCCGCUGUGGAGGCUGCUCAGUCUUCUGGUUCUUCUGGGGACAUUUUGCCCAGGGGGCCAGGACCGCCAGAUGGAGGGAGUGCAUGUUUGGGCACUCAGGGAGAGGCGCCCUUGGUGGGGGUUAUGUCAUAUAUCAAGGAAACACUGAACUUCAGUUCCCAUCAUCCACUGCACUUCAUGUCACAUGACCACCCGCACCUGAUUCACGUUGGUUAACGAGCACACUUGUGUGUGUGUAUAUAUGGCCAUUGUCUGCACUGUUUCUCUGUCUUUCGUUUGUCUUAGACUACCGUGUUCCACGUUCCUGUGUUUUGUUUCUUGCCGCAGUAUUUUUGCCAAGUGUCUUAGUUUUGUUGUUUGUUUAUUUAAUAAACGUUAUAUAUCUGCGAUUGCUUCCGCCUCAAUCUUGAAACGUGAUACAUGUCAAGAGCUUCAGUUAUUGUUCACAACAAACAUCAGAAUGAGGAAAAAGUGUAUAAUAGCAUCCGCAGCCCUGCAUUUAUUUUAAUUUCAUCAACAUCCAUAUGCUGUCAAACCCAUAUGACGUAACACUGCUGUGUGCAUUUAUAAUUCUCCUGGUUUUCCUUAUGUAGUCUAAGGCCUUUUUUUGUAUGAGCAAUAGACUAUACUUAUCUGUAUGGGUGUUUCUCGUAUUUUAGUUUACUUACUGUUUGUUUCCUUGCUCAUUGUGGUUUUGUGGCCAGUGACUGUGAAAUAGUGAUUAGUGAAAGAGGCCUAUAGACUGUGAACAGAAAAGGGCUGUUUUUGAUUGCAUGGUUCAUGUAUGUAAAUUUUAGUAGUUACUACAGUAACUAGUAGUAACUACAAAAUGUUCACUUGUCUUUAUAGCAAACUCUUAAAUAACAGUACUAGAUAUAUAUAAUAUAUAGAAUAUAGACAUUUUCAACCUUUGUUUAUAUGUUUCAGCUUUACAGAGAUUCUUCAGUAAAUUUUCAGUUGAAAUUCA